GUUUUUACAGCUGGUACUAGGACAAACAGCAGGUCCGAAGUCGAAAACCAAGUCAAUAAGGCGCUGGGUGGGCCAAAGAAGACUCUGUUACAGUUGUCUGAUGCUCUGAAUGAACGGACAGAAGGGCAGACAGUCAAUGAUAUGGUUCAUUUGCUCCGCAAGUAUGCGGGUCCUUACGCUCUAAAUAUAGUCCGGAAUCAGAUGGAGCACCGCGUCUUCUAUACCACAGAAGUCCUACAGCUUCCUGAAGGUGCACAUAGUUGGCGAUCACAUAACAACUUUUCCAAUGACUUUGCCCACAUUUCUGUGAACUGGCUACUGCAGCAAGCGAUCACAAACGGUCUCAAAGUACAGCACAUCCUCCAGAUUAUCUAUUUGGGUCCAUCAGCAAUGCAUUACCUACUUUUGCUCACUGAUGGACGCUACAUCUGUGAUUGCGCCAUGGGCCUCAGUCUUGGGCUCCCAUGCCGGCACUUCUUUCAAGCUUUGGUAAAGUUUAAGGGGCUCAUAUUUCAUAUAAGUUUAGUAUGGGCAAGGUGCGUAGCGUUUUAUAUGAAUCAAAUGUGUGCACAGACCCGUGUCGUUGGGUACGGGUACCCAGGUACCGGUGGGUCUUGGUUUUGA